UCAGCUGAUGUCGCUGUGUCACAUGACUGUAGCUUUCUUUACUGCAGGAGCAGUUUAGUUUAUUUCUUUACGGUCGAUGUGUUUAAGAGUUUAUCAUGGGGUUUAUUUAAAGGACCGAGCGGAGUGAAGCUAUCAGCAGAGAUUUUGAGUUGAGGAGACUUGAACGCAUCCUUCCUCGCCGUCCUUCCUCUUUCAUCUUCCCUUUACCGUCACUGAAUUUCGGAAUGCAUCUGGCGGUGCUUGUGUUUGCUUCAGUGCUUUCUGUGACCACCUUAGCCCUCGACAAUGGUCUCAUGAGGACCCCUCCCAUGGGCUGGUUGGCAUGGGAACGAUUCCGCUGUGACAUUGACUGUGAGCACGACCCCAAGAACUGCAUCAGUGAGAAUCUGUUCAUCGACAUGGCCGACAGACUGUCAGAGGACGGCUGGAGGGAACUUGGCUACAUCUAUGUGAACAUAGAUGACUGCUGGUCCUCCAUGGAGAGAGACAAGCAGGGUCGGCUGCAGCCUGACCCGAAAAGGUUCCCAGGAGGCAUCCAUAAGCUGGCACGCUACAUGCACGACAGGGGGCUCAAGCUGGGGAUCUACGGGGACAUGGGCACACACACCUGUGGGGGCUACCCUGGCACCCCACUGGAUAAGAUCAAGAUAGACGCUCAGACCUUUGCAGAAUGGGAGGUGGACAUGUUCAAAUACGACGGCUGUUAUUCUAACAGUACAGAGCAGGAGCAGGGUUACCCUCUCAUGUCAAAGGCUUUAAAUGAUACAGGCCGUCCUAUUGGCUACUCUUGCAGCUGGCCCGCCUACCAGGGUGGCCUUCCACCAAAGGUAAACUACACUCAGUUGGGUGAGAUCUGCAACCUGUGGCGUAACUAUGGCGACAUCGAGGACUCUUGGGACAGUGUCCUGAACAUUAUUGACUGGUUCUUUGACAACCAGGAUGUCCUAAUUCCAGCAGCUGGACCUGGAAGAUGGAAUGACCCUGAUAUGCUGGUUAUUGGUGACUUUGGCCUCAGCAUGGAACAGUCCCGCACUCAGAUGGCUCUGUGGGCAAUUAUGGCCGCUCCUCUCUUCAUGUCCAAUGACCUGCGCACCAUCAGCAGCGGGGCCCGCACCAUCCUGCAGAACAAAAUGGCCAUUAGCAUCAACCAGGACCCCAUGGGCAUUCAGGGAAGACGAAUUGUCAAGGAGAAAAGUGGCAUUGAGGUGUUCUGGCGCCCCCUGACAGGAAAUGCCAGUGCCUUGGUGUUCUUCAGUCGUCGUACUGACAUGCCCUACCGCUACCAGACUUCCCUCAGCAAGCUCAACUACACCACCGGCAGCUACAAGAUAUUUGAUGUCUUCACUGACAAGACCAUGAUGCUGAAGGACUCCACCAGCUUUGUGGUGUCAGUGAACCCCACAGGUGUGGUCAUGUGGUAUGUGUCUGCACCUGCCAAACUGAACCUCCGCCAGUUCUACAAAGGUGGCAAACUGCAGGGAUCCGCCUAUCGUGACAAUGAAAACGCCGUUCCUCAUGUCUUGCUCUGACCGCUCACUCUCUGAACUCCAUCUGAUAAUCAUAUCACUGAUUCUGCUUCAGUGCAGAAAUGUUUACUGACGAUACCUCACAUGCACAUCAUCUUGUACUCAAAGGACUUGUUUCUCUAUUAACCACAAAGUGCCAGUGACUAAAAUUAGGUUAUCAUAAGACACUGUCUACUGAAAGUAAUGACACUACUGUGAGCUCAGGGACAGCCAUUUUGCAUCCAGAUAUGUCACUAAUCUGAAAUUCGCUGUGAUCAUUCGCUCAAAUUCUGCACUUGUAGAUUGAUUAAGUGAAAGGUUUCAAAACUUCAUAGUCACAAAAGUGGUGAUAUGGGAAUUAGUUUGUAUCUUGUGUUCCAAAAAAAAAAAAACAAAGAAGUAUGACAAAGGCCACGGCCAUGCUAGUUUUUCAGAACAUUGAAAUUUCACUUUGUUUAAUUGUUUUAUUCUGUCAAGAAUCUGUUGCACUCCUCAGGAUAAUUGUUGUGUUUAAGAAAUGAAAGAGGUUUUUAUAAGAAAUGAUUCUGUGAAUGUUCAUUUAAAUAAAUAAGUUUUACUUUUCAA